CCCUGUCCUCGCGAGAGCUGGCGGAAAUCUCGGGGCGAGGCGCGGAAGUUCCCGUAGCUUGGAGACGGUGCCCGGGCCUGCCCGCGACUGACUGGACGGAGCCGCCGCCAUGGCCGAGACUGACCCCAAGACCGUGCAGGAUCUCACCGCCGUGGUACAGACACUGCUUCAACAGAUGCAAGACAAAUUUCAGACUAUGUCUGAUCAGAUCAUUGGAAGAAUUGAUGACAUGAGUUGUCGCAUUGACGACCUGGAGAAAAACAUUGCAGACCUCAUGACACAAGCAGGAGUGGAAGAAUUGGAAGGAGAGAACAAGAUGCCCGCUACUCACAAGAGUUAAGUUGCCAGUAAUUUAAGAUGAAUGCUGGAAUACACUUUUUUACAAGUCCACAGGAUUACAGAACAGUUUUUUGCAACUGGUGUAUGUAAAAGCAUUUUAUAUGGUUAUAGAGCUUGCAUUCCUAAUGUAUAUGGUAUAGCUAGAUUUAGGUUAGUAUAUUUUGAUUUAUGUAGUGGUUUCACACUUUUUGAAUUGUUACAAGGAUCAAUUGUAUUAAACACAUUUGAUGGAUCUUAACUAAAA